UAAGAACUACCCUUCCCACGACUGGUAGCAUCUGUUUCUCCCCGAUGGGGCGGCUACCAGUCCAAGUACUUGUCAAAAGAUCUCUACUCAUCCUUCGGAUGUGUAUCUUUUGACAGUACAGUCCGUUCGGGAUCUUUAGAUUCCUAAACUCCACGACGGUCCGACUGUUCCACGACCACCAGCGUCUGUUCCCACAUUGGGCGGCUUGGUGGUCUGCAAGCACAUCAUAUGCAGAAUCAUAUACUUGGCAGCAAGUAUAAAAUGCACACCGUUUUUAAUGUCCUAAUGUCCGACAAAAAACCGUGCCCCGCGUAUCCGGUAAGGGGCCUAACAAUCUCCGGAGACCCUACCCCCACGGCGAAGGCGACAGGCUGUGAAGAGUCGAGUGCUACUGCCACCCAGGUUAGUCCGGCGGAGACACCGGGUCGGGCUAGUCUGAAUGCUACCGGCGCCAAACCAAAUACAAAAGCGUCUGUGGAUUUAGGGAAGCCUGGAUCCUGCAGUCGCAAAACAACAACAGCAUCUGGCUCCAAAGCUGGAUGCAGCAAAAUAAGCAGCGAGGCACCUCUGGACGUCACCCCAAGUACCUCAAAAGCAGCUCAGGUCCGUAUUGGCAAAAUGCCGAUAAAACCCCCUGUUUCGGGGUCUACUAAGGCCACCAAAGCCAAGGUAGCUACCCCAGUGCCGGUUAUGCACGAGGGAACUGCGAACAAGAUUUCGGGUUCUCAAACGGCAUCUCCUAAUGCCACCACGAAUAGUAUGACCCCCAGGCACGUAACACCAGCAAGAAGGGCCUUCCUACAACGGCGCUCCGCCGCCAAAAUUCUAGCGCGCUUAGCUGGCAAGCCAGUUGAGUCGCUAAGUAAAGAGGACAAGUCCUCUCUAGAAUGGCCUAAGGGAAAAUUGGCCGUUCUGGAGAAGAGUCCCCCCUCACGUCUAAGGACGCGCCUAAACGGCAACGUUCUGAGGAGGAGACUAAUCUUCAGGGCCAGCAGCCCGGGACAAAACGUCCGAAACCGUUGCCCCCCAAGCCGCAUGACAGGACCUCCGGUGAAGUGGUUGAGAACCUAUUCACGCGUGCUGUCAUCGACAGGGGUGACAUAGAUGGCGCUAUGUCUCCAUCCAGAUGGGACAUAGUGCGAAAAAAGCUGAUGGGGGUGUUCUGGGAAGUUCUUAAACAGAACCCUGCCCCCCCCCACAGUGUGAGGACGGCGGUUGGUUUCACAACAGAGUGAAGCUAAUGGCUUGUUCUAACGAGCGCUCAGCUUUGCUCCUGAAGCAGGCUGUGUCGCUGAUAAAGGAUCCGUGGGAAGGUGCUAAGCUGGAAGUGGUCUCUGUGGACGAGAUCCCACGAAGGCCUAGAUCCACCGCCAUAAUUCCUGCGGAACCACAUAAAAAGGCAGCGAUACUGGAGCUUCUACAGGUUGGCAAUCCGGAUCUUCCAACUCAAGAUUGGAAGGUCGUCAGGGUUUCUCAACCUGUAGGAAGCUCCAGAAGGAUUGUUGUGAUCCUGAACCAGGAGUCUUUGGCGCCGCUUCGCGAGAAACAAGGGAAGGUCUACUACGGCUUCGAGUCGAUCUUCCUUCGUGUCUACCGAGGCGACGACAAGGGACUAUUGGAACAGGAUGAUCCCGAUCCUGACCAAUCCGCUGCGGAUAUGUCUUGCGACGAGACUGACCUUUCGCUGAGUCAAUCAACUUCUAAGUUGGUUAAGGAGGGGGAAGAGUCAGUUGACGAGGACGAUCUCCUUGCCUCUGACAAGGAGGACGCCAACGUCACAGUGUUGCGUAUAGACAAAAAGGGAGAUGGUGAGAGUAACCCAAAUUAAUCUCCACCACUCCAAAGCAGCCUCGGCUGCACUGCUCCUCCGAAUGGGUGUAAGUGGGGAGGAGCUCGCCCUAGUCCAGGAACCCUGGAUUCACCAAGAAAGGGUGAGUGGACUAGGCAUGAAAAGCUUUAAGCUAUUGUACGCAAAAGGAUCUGUGAUGAAGACACCGUAGCAGCCAUAUGGGAGACCAGUGUAGGUGCUAUAUUGGUUAUCUCGGCGUACAUGGCUCACGACCACAGCGACCAGCCACCGAACAACCUGGUCUGCAGAUCCAUAGAGAUGGCAAACUCAAAAAGCAUGCCGAUCAUCAUGGGGGCUGAUGCCAAUGCCCAUCACACUGUCUGGGGAAGCUCGGACAUAAACGCUAGAGGUAUCACAAAGGGAUCAAAAUACAGGACCCAAGUGUGUCCCCAGUGAUGACAUCGCGAGGACGACCUGCCUACCUAAUCUAACCUACUGAAAGAUGGACCAAUAUUAUAGUUAACUGACAUUAAAGAAAAACAACAAUGAAAUUAUAGUGGGGAACCUAAAAAUACAAAUUAAAGUAAUGUUAGUAAUAAUAAACAAAUACAUUGCGUUAACAGAAAUUCUUUAAUCACAAUCUACAGCUUCACAUUAUAAAAUUAUAUGUAAAAAAUAAAAGAAUAGAUUAAUAAUAUUAAAGAAAAUUAAAGCUAAAU